AUGAUCGGGCACGGCCGCGAUCGCGUCCUCCACCUUGGUGAAAUUGCUGCUCCGCCGCCGCCGCCAGAGUUGGAGCCGGAAGAUGGGUGGACCAUGGUCAAUUUGCCCCAAAUCGACCUCCUCGCUGUGGCUCUCGUCUCGGAGCUCGUCGUUGAAGGUCGUGGCACUGGUGCUGGUGGGCUGAGAGGUAUCGAAGGCUGCGGAUCGAAGAUGAGAUGCAAAUUGAAGCUUGAAGUGCCGUUGCGAUUCGUGAAAUGCGUGCGUCGUAAUGUGCGGUUUGCCAUUUCAGGUGAUCGCCAGAUGUCAUUGAUCGACGGCUCAUUGAACCGUCGAAAUUCUAUCAGAGGCAAGGACGAAGGUAGCAGCGGCAGCGUCCUCGGAAGCGGACGGCGAGACCUAGCUGGGUUGACGCUAGACGACGUUCUAGGCACCGACAAGAAAGUGGGUCCAUCGCCCACGGUGGCUCAGAUUACCCGGACUCUCCUCGACGUAAUCCGCGACGACCCUGAGGGAGGCUCCUUCCCGGAUCUCCUCGGCCAGAAGGACAGGAAGAGCUGGAGAUCUUUCAAGGAAAGGCUACGACGCAAGCGCGAUAGCCAGGCUUGGACCUCAACCGUUCACACUCCUACAUCAGACUUACCGAUUACUAGUUCGAGGUCACAGAUGUCAAGGCAAAGUUUAACUCGGUUCAACUCUUCGAAGAUGGUGGCAAGCUCCGAUGAUGAGCCGGCUCGGGGGAUUCACCGUGAAUCCCCAACGACAGAGGAGAUGCUCGGCAGUGAUCAUGAAGUGGCUUGUGAUUAUUCGAGCCAGAGUUGCUCUCGGUCGAUGAUGAUGCGCCGGACCUCUAGUCGUUUCGGCUCGUUGGGCCCGGUGGUUCCGCCGGACUCGACUGAGCCAGAGGAUCUGGCAGGUAACGUGCAGGCUAAGGCUCUCCGGCCACAGAUCUCACGCCACAAUUCCACAAGGCUCGGGUCAUCAGCAGCGUCAAGGUCCGAAUCGGCUCGAUUCCUGUCUCGGUCUGAGAGCUCGAUGGUCCGGAGAGAGGACGCCAACGGCGAAGAUGGCGCAGCAAUAUAUGGGGACGAAUUGGGCCGCCGAUCGCGGCGAGUCCCAGCAGUGGCUCUGCAGGAGGAGAGGCAGCUGUCCGCGAGGGAGGCCGCGGCGGCCCAGGAGGCGGCAGAGGCGGCCGCCGCCGCCGUGGCGGACAGAGAUGAGGAAGGCAGCGAUGAGGAGGAGACGGAGGGCUCGGAAGCUGCGCAGGAGCCGAAGAGGAUGUCGCUGAUGGACUUGCUGGAGGAGACGGAUAGGCAGAUGGGGUUCGUGGGAUCGAAGUACGUGGUGGGCGAUGAGGAAGAGGAGGAGGAGGAGGAGGCGGCGGCGGAAGAGGAGGAGGGCGGAGAGGAAGGCGGUGGAGAGUACAGCUGCUGCGUGUGCAUGGUGAGGCACAAGGGGUCGGCGUUCAUACCCUGCGGCCACACGUUCUGCAGGAUGUGCUCCAGGGAGCUCAUGGUCGCUCGGGGAAACUGCCCGCUCUGCAACAAGUUCAUAUUGGAGAUUCUCGACAUCUUCUAA